AUGGCUCCAUCCAAGAAAGCGGGAAAGAAAGGCGCGGCUGCGGCGGCCAAGAAGGGUGGUCCGGCCAAGGUCCAGAAGGCCGACUGGAAAGAAGGAUUCAAGAAGAAACAAGUUGGUGUAUCGGACAUGACAUUGCUCACAACUAUCAGCAACGACAGUGUGAAUGACAAUCUGGAGAAACGAUGGAAAAACGGAGAGAUCUAUACUUACAUUGGACAAGUACUUAUAUCUGUGAAUCCGUUCAGAGAUCUAGGUAUUUACACUGAAGCCGUGUUAGAAUCGUACAAGGGCAAGAACCGUCUGGAAAUGCCUCCCCACGUAUUUGCUAUCGCAGAGUCAUCUUACUACAACAUGAAGUCUUACAAGGAGAAUCAAUGUGUCAUUAUAUCUGGCGAAUCUGGUGCUGGUAAAACCGAGGCUGCAAAGCGAAUUAUGCAGUACAUUGCGGCCGUGUCGGGUGGUCAAGACAGCAGUAUCACGGAAAUCAAGGAGAUGGUGCUGGCCACUAAUCCUUUACUAGAGAGCUUUGGUUGUGCCAAGACACUGCGUAACGAUAACUCUAGUCGACACGGAAAAUACCUCGAGAUUAUGUUCAAUUCUAACGCAGAGCCAAUCGGUGCUCAGAUUACGAAUUAUCUACUAGAAAAAGGUCGCGUAGUUGGUCAAAUCAAUAAAGAGCGAGAUUUCCACAUUUUCUAUCAAUUCACCAAGGGGGCCUCUGACGAACAGCGAGAGGCCUUUGGUUUACAAGGACCAGAUGCAUACUCUUACACAAGCCGCAGUAACUGUCUAGAUGUUGCCUCAAUCGAUGAUGUUAAAGACUUCCAUGACACUCUGCAAGCGAUGAAUGUCGUUGGCCUUACUGCAGAGGAACAAAACGAUAUUUUCCGCAUGAUUGCUGCCAUUCUUUGGAUCGGAAACAUUCAAUUUGUGGACUCUGAGGAUGGCAGCGGGUCCACGAUCACAGACACCGGCGUAACAGAUUUUGUUGCCUACUUGCUUGAGGUUGAUGCUGCGAUGGUUUCCAAAGCUAUGGUAUCAAAAACCAUGGAGACGCAACGUGGUGGACGUCGAGGUUCCGUAUACGAUGUACCUCUCAACCCCGCCCAAGCGGCUGCCGGAAGGGAUGCUCUCGCGAAAGCCAUCUACAACAAUUUGUUCGAAUGGAUUGUGUCUCGCGUUAACAUCUCAAUGAAACCUCGACAGGCCACUGUACAGGUCAUAGGAGUACUUGAUAUCUACGGUUUCGAGAUUUUCCAGAAUAACAGUUUCGAGCAGCUGUGCAUCAAUUAUGUCAACGAGAAAUUGCAACAAAUCUUCAUCGAGCUUACUCUUAAAACGGAACAAGAGGAAUACGUGCGCGAGCAAAUCAAGUGGACGCCGAUCGAGUACUUCAACAAUAAGAUUGUUUGCGAUCUUAUCGAAGAGCGUCGCCCACCAGGGAUCUUUGCAGCUCUUAACGAUGCUACUGCCACCGCACACGCCGAUCCAGCCGCCGCAGAUAGCUCCUUCAUCCAGCGCUCUGCUGCUUUAGCAUCUAAUCCUCACUUCGAAUCUCGUGGCGGCCAGUUCCUCGUCAAACACUACGCUGGAGAUGUCAUGUAUACUGUGGCUGGCAUGACGGAUAAGAACAAGGAUGCCCUAGUGAAGGACUUGACGGAUCUGAUUAUCGGUUCGGGCAACGCAUUCCUCCAAACUCUUUUCCCGGACCGGCCCGAUCCUAACAGCAAAAAGCGUCCACCGAGUGCCGGAGACAAGAUCAAGGCAAGCGCAGGAGCAUUGGUUGAGAACCUGAUGCGCUCCCAACCGGCAUAUAUCCGAACUAUCAAACCUAAUCAGAACCGGAGCGCCACCGAAUACGAUAACAAGGCAAUCUUGCAUCAGAUCAAGUAUCUCGGGCUGCAGGAGAAUAUUCGCGUCCGCCGAGCCGGGUUUGCUUAUCGAAACACGUUUGAGAAGAUGGUCGAGCGGUUCUACUUGCUUUCUCCCAAUACUUCAUAUGCUGGGGAGUAUACCUGGACCGGGGAUGCUCGUUCGGGAUGUGAGAAAAUUCUGACUGAUGUUGGGAUUGCGAAGGACGAAUGGCAGAUGGGUGUCACCAAGGCUUUCAUCAAGAACCCAGAAACGCUCUUUGCGCUCGAGACAAUGAGGGAUCGAUAUUGGCAUAAUAUGGCGGCGCGUAUUCAACGCGCUUGGAGGAACUAUAUGCGCUAUAAGAAUGAAGCAGCCGCACGCAUCCAGCGAUUCUGGAAGAACAACAAGGAGGGCAUUGUGCAUGCGGAAACUCGGCAAUAUGGACAUGAUAUGCUAAACGGUCGUAAAGAGCGUCGUCGCUACAGUUUACUAGGUUAUCGCAGAUUUCUGGGUGAUUACCUUGACGUCGGAGGGCGGAGCGCCUUGGGAGAGACGAUCAAGGAUGCAUGUGGAAUCGCCGGAGGCGAAACUGUUCAUUUCAGUAGCCGAUGCCAACUGCUGGUCUCUAAACUCGGCCGCUCUAGUAAACCAUCUCCUCGAUAUAUCGUUUUGACAGAGAAAGCUGUAUAUUUGGCGGUCACUACUGCAAAAGACGGGCGAAUUGCUACGACGCUUGAUCGGAAAGUACAAUUGGUUACUAUUCGAUCAGUUGCUAUGUCCAAUCUUCGCGACGAUUGGAUGGCGCUCAAUGUGAAUGCGUGCGAAGAAGGCGACCCAGUGAUAAGCUUGGAAUUCAAGACGGAGUUCACGGCAUCCUUGAUGAAAUUAACUCAUGGGCAAGCGAAUCUCCUAAUCGGACCAACGGUCGAAUACGCAAAGAAGAAAGAGAAGAAGCAACUUAUCAAGUUUGUCAAGGACGAGACUGUUCCGCGCGAUGAUGUCUACAAGAGCCACACAGUCCACGUCCCGACCGGAGAGCCCGCCAAUAGUCAAUCGCGGCCGGUCCCUAAACCUAAGCCCGGACAAGCUAAACCAAUCACUCAGGGCAAACUGCUUCGCAAGGGAGGACCAUCCAACUCGUCUCGUCCAACACCAAAGCCCAAGCCGAAACCUGCAGCACAGCCUCUUCCUGGACAGAUUUCGACACCAACUGCAGCUUCACGCAGUGUACCAACACCUCCUUCUCGCUCUGCGGCGCCACCUCCACCCCCACCUCCUGCUGCUGAACCUGAAGUUCCAACAGUGAAAGUACUAUACGACUUUGCUGGGCAACCAGGAGAGAUGUCACUAACAAAAGGCGAGAUACUGGAACUCGUAGAGAAGGACAAGGACGGUUGGACCCUCGUCAAGAAGAAUGGAACUGAAGGAUGGGCGCCCUCUGAUUAUCUGCAAAUUGUUCCGCCCAAGCCUAAGCCAGCACCUGCAGCGCCUCCACCACCGACUCGACGUGUCGUGCCACCACCUGCACCAACGCCAGCAGCACCAACGCCACCACCUGCGCCUGCAGUCGUCCCCAAACCUGCAGUAGGUGGGGCCAAACCACCAAUCGUACCCAAGUCCGUUGCCGCAGAUGCUAGUGCCAAGCCAGUCUCGGUAUUUCCCGGCGUCGGUGGUGGUUCGGGGCCCACCCCGUGGAAAAAACCCGCCACGACCUCUUCAGCACCUCCGCCACCUCCGCCUCCACCUCCAGCACCCGCUGCAGCUCGCCCUGUUCCUGCUGCUCCAGCUCCACCCCCAGCACCUCCACGGCCAACUCCACCAGGCGGAGUAGCUAGGGCUGUUCCUCCUGUCGCAGGUCGUGCAGUUCCUCCCAAGCCUCCUGCUCUGGCCGCCAAACCACCCCCAAUUGCGCCGAAGCCCGGAGGAAUCGGAGGCGCUCCAAAGCCACCUGGUGCUAAACCUCCUGUCCCGGCCGCACGCCCGGCUCCAGCCGCCAGCGGCGGAGGGGCCGGUGGCAGUGGAAUCAAGCCCCCUGCUGCCCCACCAGGUCAGAUGGAUCUGGCAACUAUGUUGGCGAGACGCGCUGGAAUACAGAAACAAGAUGAUUAA